GUUCGGUUAUAAAGUGAGGUGGUCGCAGAGAGGGUCGGGGGGGAGUGGGUGUGUCACAUCCCAUCACACACAUUUGACACACGCGCUCGUGCGUGCCGAGUGUUUGCGCAUCUUCAGUCGCGCACCGCGGAUUUAUAUUUCCCGUGAUAUUUGUGACUACUCAUGAAGUAACUUGAAUGAAUGAAUGACGUUUUAAUCGUCACUUGAUCCGACCGGGCGCGCAUCAAGCGGCAGGCCUGCGCGUAAUGACGCGCACUGGAGCGACCGGACGCGGACGGGACGCUGCGUGGGACUCACUGACGGAGCUUCUGCACAGAGCUUAAAAGACUAUUUUAUUUAUUAUUUUUUUUUUGGGUGGGGGGGCGUGGGGGGUCAUUAACGAUGGACGCCGGACGAGCACCGAGCAGCGACCAAACAUGAGAGCGAAACCUCCGCACUCCACGAUGGGCUUGAGGACGCUGCGUCGCAACUCCAAAGUCAAAGUGUACUUGCUCAUUUGGCUGCUGCUCGUCUGCACGCCCAGAGUGGAUUCGUCCUGGUGGUACAUCGGCGCGCUGGGCGCCCGGGUUAUUUGCGACAACAUCCCGGGCCUGGUCAACAAGCAGCGGCAGCUGUGCCAGCGCCACCCGGACCUGAUGCAGUCCAUCGGCGAGGGCGCCAAGGAGUGGAUCAAGGAGUGCCAACACCAGUUUCGCCACCAGCGCUGGAACUGCAGCACACUGGAGCGCGACCACACCGUGUUUGGCAGGGUGAUGCUGCGAAGCAGCAGAGAAGCAGCAUUCGUGUACGCCAUCUCGUCCGCUGGAGUUGUCUACGCUAUCACACGGGCAUGCAGUCAGGGCGACGUCAAGAUCUGCAACUGCGACGGGCACAAGCGCGGCCAAGCCAGCGACCACCGGGGCAACUUUGACUGGGGUGGAUGCAGCGACAACAUAAACUACGGCAUUAAGUUUGCCAAGGCCUUCGUGGACGCCCGGGAGAGGAUGGUGAAAGACGCCCGGGCACUCAUGAACCUGCACAACAACCGCUGUGGAAGAAUGGCGGUCAAGCGCUUCAUGAAGCUAGAGUGCAAGUGUCACGGUGUCAGCGGUUCCUGCUCUCUGAGGACCUGCUGGCUGGCCAUGUCCGACUUCAGGCGGACGGGCGACUACCUUCGCAAGAAGUACAACACAGCUGUUGAGGUGACCAUGAACCAGGACGGCACCGGCUUCAUGGUGGCCGAGCGUGACUUCAAAGGGAGUACCAAGAACGAGCUGGUGUACGUGGAGAAUUCUCCGGACUACUGCCUCAUGGACCGAGCAGCAGGUUCCCUGGGCACGGCAGGGCGCGUGUGCAACAGGUCGUCGCGGGGCACCGACGGCUGUGAGGUGAUGUGCUGCGGCCGGGGCUACGACACCAUGCGCGUCAAACGCCUCAGCCAGUGCGAGUGCAAGUUCCAGUGGUGCUGCACGGUCCAGUGCAACGACUGCGAGGACACAGUGGACGUCCACACCUGCAAGCCCCACAAGCGACCCGACUGGCUGGACAUGACCUAAGGCCAUCAGGCAAUGGUGCAUUGUGGGACAUAGAGAUGGGAUUUUUUUUCACAAUGAACAUUUGGCCGAGGAUCUUUACUGAUUGAUGCUAAAACUGGAAAAUAUGUCCAGGUGUUGAUCGUGAGCUGCUUUGAAUGUUUCUGACCACUUUUGGAACUUUUGAAACAUUUGUUGAAAAUUGUAUUACACAUGCUCCAGUACACAGUACACACCAAAAUGUUUAGAAUUGAAUAUAUUAAUACAGUAAAUGCCCACGUAGUCAUGGUUCGUCUAUAAUUCAUUAUUCGCUGAAAAAAAACAACAACAUGUAUGUCAGGUUAAUUGAAGCCUAAAAUUCACCCAUUUGUGUGAAUAAUUGUCUAUAUGUGUCCUGCGAUUGGCUGGCGACCAGUCCAGUGUGUACCCCGCUCUCGCCCAAGUCAGCUGGUACAGGCUUCAAGUUACCUGUGGCCCUAAUGAGGAUGUACAGAACUGAUACAUGAAAGUAUGUUGAAAUGACACAUGUUGACUGUUUAAAAUUUCUUUGUAUGUCAAGGAGGAACUAAGUUUAGCCCGGGUCGGAAGUGGCAAUUCUGCAGUCUUGUGUAUGAUUUUACUCUGCGGAAAUCAAAUCAUCUGUAAGCUAUUUGUUUUUAAGGAUAAAGUUGUAAGAUGAGGGAUGAAAAUCAUAAGCAAUUAUGCAAAUUUGGCAGCAGUGUAUUGUAUAUCGUAAACAACUAUCUUUAGUUGGGUACGUAUUGUACAUAAUAUUGAAUAGCUAGCCCUUAGCAUCUGAUAAGCUGGUAAAUUCCAAUACUGGAAUCCAUUACUGUCAUCAUCUUGAGAGUGAGAGGUUGGAGGAGAAAAAAAAAAUAAAAAAUAAAAAAUCAGCAAUUAGUUGUUCGUUAGGUUUCACAGAAAAAAAUGCGAAUGGUGAAUCGGAAACAGGCGAGCGUUCACUGUACUGAUAAUAGCCCUCGUGUUUGGCAAAUCCAUCCUUUUUUUUUUUUUUUUUAGAUAAAGACUGACAGACUUUCCAUUUAAUAAGCAACAGAGAGCUUCUGAAAAUGACUGCAAUUGUAUCUCCAACGAGUGAGGACCUUUCUUGGCGAAAAUCUCUGGAGGAAAGAGUGAAAAAAAAGCACCGUCUUGUGUUGAUGUUGGACAUUUGUUGUUUUCGCACAUUCACUUCUGACGCCUCACUGAAAACCUUGUUCAUUUCUACCUCUGGUCCCUUGUCUUUGUUUCAAUCUUUGCUUGUUUUGAUUCACACACACACACACACACACAACCUCAAGCCCCAUUUUUGUUGCGCUCUCUCCAUGCUUGGAUGUUUUCGUUGUGGUCGCAUACUAAAUUUCCAAAUAUUCUGAGUAUUCAGGUUAAGAAAAACUGUAAAACCUUGGCAGAUGGCUGCAUGUCAGCCUCACAAAGCAUUUGCUGGAUUACAUUGAGAAAAAUCAGCGACUUUUAUAAGCAGUAGAGAGAAAAUGGUUGGUACCCAAGUGUGAAAGAAACCCACAACAGUUACCAAAAUAACUUGUAACUGACAAAACUCAAGAAUUUGAUCAAAUGCAUUUUGACAAACCACAAAGCUUCUGGGAGUAUGGCCUUGGGACAAAUGGGCCAAAAAAUCAAGGCGCAUGCGUUCUGGGGCUGCUUUGGUAAAUCUGGCAUAGUGUGUCUUAAAUCUGUGCAGAGUUCAGUGAAAUGUCAAGACUACUAAGCCAUUCUGGAGCAAAAUUGUGCCGUCCGGUGUCAGAAAUCUUGUUCUUAGUUAGGUUUUGGAGCAGUGUGUGUCUUCAAUCUGUGCAAGGUACAAUGAAAGCGCAAGACAACCAGGAGGUUGCAAAGCAAAAUUGUGCCGCCCAGUGUCAGAAACCUUGGUCUGGGUUAUGAUCUGGGGCUGCUUUUCUACAUCCAGCGCAGGGUGCACAAUCAAAUCUCAAGACUAUCAAGGCAUUCUGGAUCUAAAUUGUGAUGCCAAUUGUCAGAAAGCUUGUUCUGUACUGCCCAGUGUCAGAAAUCCUAGGCUCAACCACAAAUCAUGUUACAGGAUCAUUUUUGAUCAUGUUUUUAUUCAUUACUCCUUUUUCAUUUUCAAGUUAUUUUAGUGACCAUUGUGUGUUUCUCUCUUAACAUAUGGGUGCCAACAAAUUUAUCCAUGUGUAAAUAAGCACCUUAGAUCAGAUAUAGUAAAAAAACAAAAAAACAACAAAAACAAAAACUUCAUUUCCAUUCACUAUAUAAACAUUCAAGUGCCAUGUACUGAUUUGUCUUUUGACAUAACCCGUAAAAUUUAACGAAUGUACAUUUUAUCAUUUGAUGUUGAACCUCAGCGACCCAUGCCAUCUUGUGUCAGGUAUGGUGCGAAAUUAAUUCACCUCUUGAUGUACAGCAUAAAAUCUCUCCAGUUUCAAUUUUUUUAUGGACAAAUAUUUGGUCCUUUUAUUGAUGAAGUGUACAAAACCAAUGCGCCAACCAAAAAUAAAUAAAAAAAGAUGAAUAUGA